GAAACAUGGCUGACGCAGAGGAGUCAGAGGGAAUCCAACGGAAUGACAGCAUCAACCACACUCCCGGUAAAAUCAUUAAGAAACAAGAAAUCGCUCGGGCGAAAAAUGAAGGGAAGGAGUUGUCUAAAGAGGAGAAGCAACGUCUGAGGAAAGAGAAGAAACAACAGAAGAAAAACAAGAAGGAGGACAAGGGCCCAUCAGAAAAAGAGAAGGAGAAGAAACCCUCAGCAUCGGCUGCUUCACCAGCAGUUACACAAAGCUCAGCACAGAAAGCCCCAUCAGUACCUGCACCGGUGACCACACCUGUGUCCGAGUCUCCCGUGGUCUCGGACAAGCCCAGCAAGAGCAAAGCAGAGCUGAAGGCAGAACGACGAGCACGACAAGAAGCAGAACGGUCGUCCAGACAUGGCAAGAAAGAGCAAGGACAGCAGGGCGCCAGCAGCAAAGCUAAACCCCCACAGAACGAACUACAGCCAGUGGUGAAACGGUUGCCAGAACACGUUCAAGUCGAUGACCCCGCGGCAGUGAAAAAGCUGGCCAAGAAGCUAGAACGACAGCAGAGGCCAGGGCAGAGUGUCAGUUUAAAGGUGUCAGGAGUCAAGAUCCCACUAAGAUUAGAUUAUGGUCACAAAGUCAGCCUGUUCUCCCACCUGCACCAGUACAGCCGCAAAGCCCCGCUCACCCAGCAGAUCAGCAUUCCCGCCACGGUGAUCCACCCGUCUGUAGUGCGUCUGGGUCUGCAGUACUCUCAGGGCAUCAUAACGGGCUCCAACGCUCGAGCUGUGGCCCUUCUGCAUGCCUUCAAACAGGUUAUUCAAGACUACAGCACCCCUCCCAAUGAGGAGCUGUCCAGAGAUCUGGUGAACAGACUGAAGCCAUACAUAAGUUUUCUGAAUCAAUGUCGCCCCCUAUCAGCAAGCAUGGGUAAUGCCAUAAAGUACAUCAAGAAAGAGAUUUCAAAUAUUUCCAGUCAGUGCAAAGAGGAGGAGGCGAAGAAGGAGUUGCUGACGUGUAUUGACAAAUACAUCCGGGAGAAGAUCACACUGGCCGCCCAGGCCAUCUCUAAGUAUGCAAUAGAGAAAAUCAGCGACGGUGAUGUCAUUCUGGUCUAUGGCUGUUCCUCACUUGUGAAUCACAUUUUGUGUGAGGCCUUUGACAAACAGAGGAAGUUCCGAGUGAUUGUGGUGGACAGUCGACCCAGGCUGGAGGGCAGAGAGGCACUGCGGCGUCUGGUGAAGAGGGGCAUCCGCUGUACCUAUGUUCUCAUCUCUGCCUUGUCCUACAUCCUGCCUGAAGUUUCUAAGGUGUUCCUGGGUGCCCACGCGCUGCUGGCCAAUGGAUACGUGAUGUCCCGUGUGGGAACAUCCCAGAUUGCCCUCGUGGCGAAAGCGUACAAUGUGCCUGUACUGGUCUGCUGUGAGACGUACAAGUUCUGUGAGCGAGUGCAGACCGACUCCUUCGUGUCCAACGAGCUCGAUGACCCAGAUGACCUUAUUGUGACUCGAAAUGGGAAGACGCACUUAGAGCACUGGAAAACAAUGGAGACACCCACAGGAGGCUUAUUGGGUUUGCUGAACUUGGUGUAUGACGUGACACCUCCAGACUUUGUGGAUCUAGUCAUUACAGAUCUGGGCAUGAUCCCCUGCACUUCAGUGCCAGUGGUGCUACGACUGAAAAACGUGGACCAGUGAAGGUCCUGGGCGGGUGGCUUUGAGUCCAAUAGUCUGUACACACAUAUGCAGGGUUUCUGGCAUGAAAUAAAUGAAUAUCUGA